CAUGCAACGGCGGUGGAGCAUGGCGGGACGCCGGGCCUGCACCUCGCUUGGCAACGCACGUCCCCGACGGUUGCGACACUGUGACGGCGGAAGCACGACUAGUGCCAGCGCACGCCCGCUGCACCUCGCUCUCGCACACCAUCCCAGACAGCCGGCGGCGGCGGCCAUCGUGCCACGAUAGAUCACCUCACACGCCCGGCCCGCCAGCGCGGAGCGCCGCGGUCUGGUGCUGGGGCGUGCGGCUGCUGUCCGCUAGCCGACGGGCGACGGACAUGCUCGCAGCGAGAAAUGUGCGUGCUCCGGCCGGGAAGGAUGAAUUUGAGUGUCCCGGAGCCUCGGCGAGCAUGAAGCAUGGCGCGCGUAUGUCGGAGCCUCUUCAGGCGCAAGCCACCGCCGCUUGCUUUCGUGCGACUGCGCUCUCGAGGGGGAAGAACGUUGCUCAGAGCCCACGGUCCAGGCCAAAGUUGCGCCGAGGCGAGGCUUGCGCGCCUGAAUGAGGGGCCCAUGAGCGGAAAGGUGCUGGCUUUUUGGACGAGACAUCUCCUCUGCGGGCGCGAAUCGGGCGACAUGGCUUGUGCGAAGGGCGUGCCGCGCUGCGCGUGCGUCUCCCGCCGCGCCCGCCGCGCCGACGGCUCGGCCCGCACGCCAGCGCAGCCGGAGUCGGGCAAAGACGUGUGCAUGCAGCUCGCAGCUCGCAGCUGCGGGAGGGCGCGGCUCGGCAGAAGACGAGGACGAGGCAGCAGAGAUAGCUUUGAGGUGCAUGCAGCAGCGCCGGGCAAGCUGCGGCAGCGGGCCCGCUGCUUGCUGCUGUCUCGCUGCUUGCUGCUGCCUCCGCCGUGCUGGGCUCAAGCUCCCGCCUCGUGGUCGCUCCAUGCCGCUGCGAGGCCAUGCGCUGCAGGGCUGCGAGCUGCAGCAAGCAGCAGCCACCUGCAAGCUGCACCUCUCCCACGCCCGCCCCACUGUCCCGGUCGCACGCUCGCCGCCCAGGCGAGCAGCAUGCAGAGCGGCAUGGCGGACAUUCGCGGCAGCUUGCAGAUCCUCUCCUUUUCCGUGUCACCUCUCGCCAGCGAGCAAGAGGAGCCGCGACGUGCUCAACGAGCGUCCACAGCGAGCGCCGAGGAACGCCAAACCUGCGCGAGCGGGUCAUGGCGAAUCUCGGGACGGCUGGCGAUGGGUCUGGCGAGCGCCGAGAUCGACGAUCUGCCUGCGAGCACGCUGACGUCGCGGCGAGACGAGGGCGACGCGCGCGGCCCGGUCUUGGGCGCAAGGCGGAGGACGGGCCUGGGCACGUCAGCGGCGGUGCGCGGCACGCGGCGAGGCGCCAGGUGUUGGUCUCGGGCGGCAGCGGGUGUUGGUCUCGCGGUGUUGGUCUCGCCGAGCUCUUGCUGCGCUCUGGUGCCUCGCGCGGCACCGCGCCACAGCGGGCUGACCUUCGCGUGACUUCUGCGAGGGUCGGCCGCAACACCGCCGCCGUGCGGCUUUGCUGCGCUCUGACGGCCCCGCCAACUGGCCAGAGAUUGGAGAAACUGCCUGCGGAAAUCUCCUGUCCGAGUCCGAGCCUCUGCGCUGGCUGAGGCAGUUUUGCGGCGGCAGGCAAGGCGAGUCGGAGGGACGCGGCGCCGUCGGUCGGAGGCGGGUGUGACAGGCACGCGGCCUGCGUGCAGGAUGCGUGACGCGCCGGUCAUCCGCUUACUCCGGCUG